AUGGAGAGGAGGCAGCUUGUGGAAGCCAUUCAAUCUUGCAGAACGCUCAAUGAUGCAAAAGAGAUUCACUUGGCAGCCCAUUCCUUUCUCUCCGCAAGCUCCGACUCCUUCCUCGCAAACAAGCUGAUUGAAAUGUACGCCAGGUGUGGAAGCCCCGCCCUGGCACGCCAGAUCUUCGACAAGAACCAAGUAAAAAAUGAUUCCUUCUCCUGGGACAUGAUGCUCUUAGCCUACACCAGCAACCGGCAGCUCGACCAGGCCCGAGAAUUCUUCCGCGCGAUGCCACAGCCCAGCGUCGUUUCAUGGAACAUUCUUCUUCGUGCAGUUGCCGAAGCAGGCCAUCUUGUGGAGGCUGAAGAAGUGUUUGAUUCUAUGCCCCAGCAUAGUCUUGUUUCAUGGAACACAAUCUUGGCUGCUUACACACAGAAUGGAUCUCGAGACGAAGCAAAGAGGGCUUUCGACUUGCUCCCACAAAAGGAUCUUGUUUCCUGGUCCGUGCUCUUGUCUGCAUAUGCCCGUGAAGGGCAUGUUGUAAGAGCCAAGGACUUGUUUGAGGCAAUGCCGAUGUGGAACAUCGUGUCAUGGACGACAAUGCUGGGAACCAUUAUUGAGAGCAAAGGUCUCGUGCAUGCAUGGGCAGUCUUUAGCGAAGAAAUGCCAGAGCACGACCUCAUAUCCUGCACUGCAAUGCUUGCCGCUUAUGCCCAGCACGGGCAUUUGGAAAGCGCUAAAGCCUUGUUCGACACAAUGCCUCAAACAAAUCUAGUUGCUUGGAAUGCGCUCCUAAUGGCCUACGUACAGUGUGAGAGGGUUGACGAAGCUAGGAUCAUUCUACACUCCAUGCCGCAACUAGAUCUAGUCUCGUGGACUACACUCUUGCAUGCGUAUGCUCAGAGCGAUCGCUUGGAGGACGCCAAGCUCCUCUUCGAUCGCUUGCCUGAGAGAGAUCUAAUCGCGUGGAACGCCAUGCUCGCCGCCUACAGCCGGCAUCACGUCGCCGAGACCAAAGCCACUUUUGAUCGAAUGCCGCAAGUGAAUGUGCUCUCAUGGAGCUCGUUGCUCGCUGCAUAUGCUCAAGCUGGAGAUUUGGAGCAGGCGAGGCGUGUGCUGGAUUCGAUGCCUCAGCUGGACCUUCCGUCCUUCAACUCAAUGCUUUUCGUGUAUGGAAAGUGUGGGUGCUUGAGCGAAGCCAAGAGGUUGUUUGAGGCAAUGCCUCUCCGGGACUUGAUCUCCUGGACGUCGAUGCUCCAGACUUACGCUAGAAACGGGUGUGUGGAGGAGGCCAAGAAGCUGCUAGCAGAGAUGCCCGAGCAAAACGCUGUGAGCUGGGCAGUGAUGCUACCACUGUAUGGGCUUGAUGGGCAUCUUGACGAGGCAAGACAUUCCCUGGAAGGAAUGCCCGAGAGGAACCCAGCGCUGUGGACGGCAAUGCUGACAGCGUAUGCAUGGAACGGGCACAUCGAUCAGGCCAAGGCGGUGUUUGAUGCCAUGCCGGAGAGAGAUGGACUUGCGUGGAGCGUCAUGAUCGCGGGCUAUGCCUACAACAAACUGGAAUCAGCGACGAUGCUCACAUUUCACACGAUGAUCACGAAUGGUGGCGACGUGAAGAUAGGCCGCGCAAGUGAUUCGUGCUUCACAUCGCUGCUCAUCGCUUGCAGCCAUGCCGGAAAGGUUUCGAGUGCUCGCAAGUUUCUGAUGUCGAUGGUGGUGGACUUUGGGCUGGAGCCUUCUAAAGAUCACUACACUGGCGUGGUGGAUCUGCUUGCCCGAUCUGCGCACUCGCGAGAUGCCCAGGAUGCCAUGCAAAACAUGCCGUUUGUGCCCAGCGACCUAGAGUGGACGUGCUUGCUGGGAGGCUACGCGAGAAGCAAUCUCUCGCGAGACAAUGGCAAAGUUUUCGACCAUGACGAUGGCAAGAAGAACUCAAGCUAUCCGUCAGUGCCUAGCAGUGCUUUCUACUCACUGAUAGCCAACAUGUGGUCGUACACCACCUAA